UCACUACAUAAAACCGGAAGUCCUUCCCUACUUCGACAUCGGUCAAGACCUCGCGCUGAACAUGUCGAGUCUCGUGCUUCGGGCUGCGAGGCUCCGCGCGGCUCUCGUGCACAUCCAUGCUGGAUCGUCCGCCGCUGGGCUCCGGUUCGCCUCCAGCUCCAGUCCGCAGCAACAAAAACCGGCUCUGAUAGAGUCCACGGAGGAGUUUGUGUUCGUGGAAAGGCUCAUCCCGCCUUCACGGAUCCCGGAUCCGCCCAAGCACGCCGGUCCCGCUCCCUCCGGCUGGACCCCCCCGGCGGAGACUCCGCCACCUCUGCCCUACAUGAUUCGCCGCUCCCGCAUGCACAACAUCCCGGUGUACACCGACCUGACCCACGGCAACCGUAAGAUGACGCUGGUGCGGAAGGUGGAGGGGGACAUCUGGGCUCUGGAGAAGGACGUGAAGCAGUUCCUGCAGGAGCUCACGGGGAAGGAUAUGCCCACGCAGGUCAACGAGGUCACCAUGACCCUGAGGAUCAAAGGUCACUUUGACCAGGAGCUCAAAAGCUGGCUGAGCAGCAAAGGAUUCUGAGUUUAGCCAGGAGGGGGUCAACAGAGGAACUGCUGAGAUGCUCCUGGACUUCAUACAUGUUUGUAACUUGAGUCUGAAGAAAUGUCUGUCUGGAAAUAUACAGAAACUGUAAAUUUUGGUGUAAAAACUGAAGCUCCAUUAUAGAUACAAGAACUUAUUUGUGGACUUUUCUUUCCUUUGGAGUGCCUCAGGGCUUUGAUCUCAGCCCUCUUUGUCUUUGCAGCAGCUGUCGGGUUCAGUAUAAAUGUCUAUGGGUUCAAUAUGUAAGAAGUUCAACAUUUUCUUCUAUUAUGCAUCUCAGUCACCUGCUUCUUAAGCCUAAAAAUGAAAUUCCAACCACAGUGUAAUUAUCAAAAACCAGCCUGACUCUAAAAGAUUUUUAAAAGUCAGGGAUUUGGAGGCAUUUUUCUGAUCGACAUAAAUUGAUAUUAAGC